AUGCCAGAUAAUACCCAAGAUGAAGCUCCUGCCACUGGAGGCAGAAGAUCGUCUAGACCGAUGCCAUUGCCAGGCUCUCGAGGAGCCCCUAACUUUGACAAGGAAAAACCCAUUGAAAUGUUAAGGUUCAUUGACCAAAUGGAGGACUUGUUCAAAGAGCAUGGUAUCAAUGAUGAUCAAGAAAAGAAGAAACAGUUAGGAAGAGGUUUCCGGGCAGAACAAAAAUUACUCUUGGUGCCACCUGCCUUGGUGAGCAACAGAGAAUUGGUAGAACUGUUUUUAGGAUGUCUAAGGGAUAGUUUCCGAGGACAAGUGGAAGGAAGUCUCAAUAGACGUGCACAAGGGAUUAGCUCUUCAAGUGAUACCCGGGUUGGUGUCAAUACGACAGAAACACGGACAACACGAGAGCAUCACAUGCAUAAUACACCGGCACAUAGUGUUAAGCUAGAAGAUGAUAUCCGAGAAUUAAACCAGAAAGUGGCGUUACUCAUGGAUAAAAUUACAUCAAGUGAAAAAGCACAGAUGAGCGCUUUCCAAGCAUCUAGACAAGAAAUGAACAAAUUAACUGAGACGUUAAUGACCCAGCAUGUUACCUCAGCACCCACCAUGAGGCAGACACAGCCUACUUGGAGAAUGGGACAACCAGUACCUAGAGGGACAAAUGGGAAGUCUGCUAAAAUGAUUGUUGAGGAAGCUAGCAAUAAAGAUAUGAUGGCGCAAAGCAAUAUGUUUGCAUCGCCUGGAGAAAUUUACACACAGAACAGCGGAGAGCCAGGUAUCAUCCAGUUGGGAAUAGAUGCUCGAGUUAAAUCAGUAUACACCAACCAGAUUAGAGAUUCGAGAGAUGAUCUUUUAGAUAAAAUGGCUACUCGAAUUGAUACGCUGUUGGGUAAUAAUGUGCCGGCACAGGUGGCACGUCCAUCGGCACAAGAAGUUGACAUAGUUAACAAUAUGAAAAACAUUCUGUCAUAUUUUGAGGAACAGCAAGGUCAAGGUCAAGAAGCUGCAAGUUAUGUAGCUACUAGACGCAGUCAAGCUGAUACUCAGGGACAGCAGGGUUUCUCGUAG